GAGUCCCUCGUGUCCUCCUGUGAGGAUUGAGGCCGCCGGCUUUUGAGGUCCCUACUUUGGGUCGGCCCGGGGACUUGCCUCUGUAAUCUGCAAGUAACUGUGCAACUCAUUCAUGCGCUCUGCUCAGGAAAUGGGAGAGUAGAGCACUUAACCCAUUUAUUAGUCAUCUCAGUCAGUGCUGGAGCGUGCACUGCUGGAAUUUAGCUGUGUCCUGUACAGUUCAACAACGGCGUCCAGAGCGUAGAUAAUGGACCAGUAUACGCAUCACCCCUAAUGAUCUCGUCUUACAAGGGCUUGGAACUUAGUGAUAUUAACAAAAAUCCUGCAAAAGAGGAGUGCUUUAUUGUUUGGCAGCGAGCCACGUCAGCCGGGUGCUGGCGGGUCCGGGUGAGGCGGUGGUGGGCCAGCGGCUCAGUGACUGAGCCGCUGAACCUCUCGCCGCCAGGCCCAGGUACAGUUAGGUGCGGGAGGUGAGCGGUGGAGGGUGGCCGUCUUCCCUCUUCCUCGCGGUGCACUGGUGUGACGGGACGCUGAACGGAAGCCCCUUCGCCCAAGUAACGUUUGCUCCAGUCGCGUGAAACUGUCGGACGUGAAGCACCCACCCACUAGGACGUCAUGGCCAGAUGACAGAGCGAGGCACGGGAGAUCGAGUGCGUAUAGUGCCAUAGGAGACUGAAUGGGGCGUAGGAGUGGUGGUGUUUAAGGUUAUAGUAGAAACGUUGAGUAACAAGUGAGUGAUGAGGACCUGAGUGGCGUGCCCCGUGGCGGCGUGUGAGGUCAUGUUGGUGAGCGUUGUGAUGACCCCCGUGCUGAUGCUGCACUGCCGGGUCACCGCCGUCCUCACGCUGGGCAUGGCCACCCUCUCCUGGACGCUGUGGGCCGUGCUGCAGUGUGCCCUCGCCCCCGCCCACGCCUUUGUGCUGCUCUCCUCGUACCCAGCGUACACCAGACAGUUUGAGGUCGGAACACUGUAUGUGUAUGAGUAUGAGACAUCAGUACUACUUAACGAGCCACAGCCCCUACCUGUCUCCACUGCCAAAGAUGUUGGCUUUAAGGUAGAACUGACAGCAGAGGUCACCCCUGUGUGGCAACACCCCAGCAACACUAAUGAGCAGAUACUGCAGUUGACGGUGGUGACACCCAAAUUGUCAGUGAAGGCUCGUCAAGGACCCUCACCUGAGGGCUUUGCUCACAAGUCAUCCAGAGUGGAAAGCUACAGGCUGCACCCACUCUUUGUGCACUGGAACAAUGGGCAGAUUGGAGAUGUCUAUCAUGUUGAAGGAGGAGAGUUGUCUGUCAUUAACAUAAUGAAGGGAAUAGCUAGUCUUUUUCAGUACCAAGUCAAGAGCAUCAAGCAGACUGAGAUUGAUGCAUCAGGAAGGUGUGAAGUGACAUAUAAACUUGUUGAUUCCACACAUGUCACAAAGCUCAAGAAUAAAUGUGAAAAUGUUUUGCCGGUGCCCUUCUUCAACCAGACAGACAAGGUUCUUGGUGCAGAAGUCAACAGUCAAGCAACAACAACUUAUUUGUUAAAUGCAGAUGACAAAAUACUUAGAAAAGCAACAUCAGUGGAAACACAUUUCCUAAGAGUGGAAGCACGGAAGCAGUCUGGAGCAGAGGUCAUCAGUAGACAAAUUCUUCAGCUCAAAGAAAAUAGAAAAGUAUCAACUAAGAAAUAUACUGGUAAAGUUGCAGCAGAAGCUAUACAAUCUAUUGGUACCCAGCUAGGAAAGACACUGGUAACGGAACAGCUGACAACCACCCCAGAAGCCAAAGAGUGUAUUACUUGCAAGUCUCUCAAAGAUCUUGUCAACAACUUCCACAACACCUUAAGUCCCAAGAACCUUGGGAGUCAGGGAGCAGCCAUAGCCUUCACUCGCCUCCUGAGGAAGAUGAGAGAAAGUGAUCCAGAGACUAUCAAAGCAGUGCUGAAAGAUAAGAAAAAUGCUAGAAUAUUGCCUCAGCUGCUGGAUAUUGCAGCAGCAACCCAAACACUGCCUGCCCACAAAGCUGCCUUGUCUGUGCUAAAAUUCAAUGGGUCAUCAAUAGAGCUACCUGAGCGGUACCUCAUCAGUCUCUCCUUGGCGACUCAUCCUUCAGGGGCUGUAGUCAGAGACAUGAUCAGCCUUUUUAAAAAGGGUGUUAAAGAUGAAAGGCUUUAUGAGACUUUGGUGCUUACCAUGGCCUCCCUCACCCAUACCCUCAGCAACAUGCCUAAAGAUGCUAACUCCACAAAAAUAGUUGCAGGGGUGAAGAAGCUGCUUCUUGAGAAACUACAAAACUGUGAAGCAGAGGAUUGUCAGUUGAUGUACAUCAGGAGCCUCAAGAACCUCAGAGCCAAGGACACAAUGGAUGUACUUCUAAGUUUUGCUGGAGGAGAAGCUCGUAAGCCAGCAAUCACUGCCACACGAGCCCUCCAGACAAUGCCCAGCUCUUACUUAACUAGUGAGGUUUUUAUGAGAUUGGAGAGGAUUUUCUUGGAACUUGAUCGCCAGCAUGACUCAAGUGUGAGGGCAAUGGUGGCAGACAUACUGCUUCAAAACAAACCCAGUGAGGAGUUUGUCAGAUCUAUGAUGGAAAUCAUGACUACACAAAGUACAAAAGAACUAAAUACCCUCCUUUUGGGAAGAUUACGUGACUUAGCUUCACAAAAUGAUGAUUUGUUAAAGAUUUUGAGAAAAGUCUUGAAGGAAUCCAAGUAUAGCAACUACCAUAUUCUAGGACAAGCAGGACUUUCCUCAGCAUUUUCACGUCCACUGGCUCAGGACAAGAGUGCCAACUCCUCGUUCAGUAACAUGUUAGAAAUCCAAGGCGGUCUGCUCAAGAGGUCCAUUGUUGAUGUGUUUGUGGAUGUGGAUGAUGCACGCAUGAGACUGUUGUCAUUUAGUAUGUUUGCUGGUGGCCUCAGUGUGUUCGGUGGUGAGGAUGCUGAAGAUGAUGGAGAAGAGGCCAACGCUGGUAUAGAGAUAGCAGUGCUGAACACCCAGCUGCGCCCUUAUGUUUUCUUUACGGGGCAAGGAGAGCUGAUGGGACACGUCUGGUCUGGCACAGGCUCAGAGAGAACUACGGCCCUUCAGGGCACACUUCUGCUGCAGGACCACCUUCAAGUAGUGCCUCUGCAGAAUGGCCUCAAUGCUGAACUGCUUCUGAAUGGUGCCCUAUCUUAUGACAUGGCUGGGCAGAUUCAAAUUUCUUUAUGGAACCGUGAUGCUCAUAGUCUUGUUGAAAUUGGGGCUGCAAUGGUCAUCCAGGGAGUAGCAAGAGUUGAUAACUCAUUUAUACAGGCAUUGAUUGAGUUCAACACUGGAGCACAAGCUCAACUGAACUUCAUAUCUGACUUAGAGUUCUAUGAGGAUAUCAUGAUGUGUUUAAAAAUGGUCCAGCCAAAUACAGAGAUGGUAAACAACGUAAGGAAGUUGGAACGGAUUCCUGGUACAAACUACAUGCUCAAGAAGUACAAGAAAAGGUUGUCUCCAGUACCAGGCAAGACUUAUGUCAUGAAUAAGAAAAAUACUGAACUUUGUAAUAAAAUGUUUAACAAAUGACGUGAACUCUUUUAGAAAGAGACCAUUUAUAAAAGAAAGUUGGUUACAUAUUGUAAUUAUUUUUGUUAAAUAAUAUAUGAUGACAUGUAUUGUGAUAUUUUUGUUAUUCUAACAUGUGAGUGACUUCUUA